UUUAGCUCACAGUUCCAAGCUCAAAUCACACACUCAGAUCUGCAUCUGCUCCUCUUUCUCUUCUCUCUCUCUCUCUGAUCCAAAAUUCCAUUUCCAUUGUAUCAGAAUUGCAGCGUAGUAGUAAUAGGAGUAGCACCACCGACCAGCAUUGCUAACUUCCUCUGAAUCUCAGAUCUGAAAAUCUGAGAGAUCCGAAUUGCGAUCCCAAAGAGAGAAAUCGAGAAAUGGAGAAGUCAUGCAGCUUAUUGGUGCACUUCGACAAGGGAACGCCGGCGCUGGCCAACGAGAUUAAGGAGGCUCUCGAAGGAAACGACGCCGGUGCCAAGAUCGAGGCUCUCAAGAAAGCCAUCAUGCUCCUCCUCAACGGUGAAACCAUUCCACAGCUCUUCAUCACAAUCAUUCGCUACGUGCUUCCCUCCGAGGAUCACACAGUUCAGAAGCUUCUAUUGCUCUACCUCGAGAUCAUUGACAAGACCGAUUCGCGCGGCAAGGUGCUCCCUGAGAUGAUCCUCAUCUGCCAGAACCUCCGCAACAACCUCCAGCACCCUAACGAGUACAUUCGUGGUGUUACGCUCCGAUUCCUCUGCCGUCUCAACGAAUCCGAGAUAAUUGAGCCAUUGAUCCCUUCGAUCUUGUCCAAUCUCGAGCACCGCCACCCUUUCGUUCGCCGCAAUGCGGUUCUUGCUGUUAUGUCCGUGUAUAAGCUUCCUCAGGGGGAGCAGUUACUCGAUUCGGCGCCGGAGAUCGUGGAGAAGUUCCUCUCGUCGGAGCAGGAUCCUUCUAGUAAGCGAAAUGCUUUCCUUAUGCUGUUUUCUUGUGCCCAGGAUCGCGCAAUUAAUUACUUGUUUACCAACAUCGAUAGGAUUAAUGACUGGGGGGAACAGUUACAGAUGAUAGUUUUGGAGUUGAUUAGGAAGGUUUGUAGGACUAACAAGGGGGAGAAGGGAAAGUACAUCAAGAUUAUUAUAUCUCUGUUGACUGCGCCUUCAACGGCUGUUAUUUAUGAGUGUGCUAGUACCCUUGUGUCACUCUCGUCUGCGCCCACUGCCAUCAGGGCCGCAGCGAGCACUUAUUGUCAGUUGUUGCUCUCCCAGAGCGAUAACAAUGUGAAGCUUAUUGUCUUGGAUAGGCUCAACGAGCUCAAGAGUUCUAAUAGGGAGAUCAUGGUGGAGAUGGUCAUGGAUGUCCUCAGGGCACUUUCGAGCCCCAAUCUUGACAUCAGGAGGAAGACUAUUGAUAUUGCUUUGGAGCUGAUUACUCCUAGGAACAUUGAUGAGGUUGUUCUGAUGCUUAAGAAGGAGGUCGUGAAGACUCAAAAUGGGGAGCAAGAGAAGAAUGGUGAGUAUAGGCAGAUGCUUGUACAGGCUAUCCAUUCCUGUGCUGUUAAGUUCCCAGAGGUGGCAAGCACUGUUGUGCACCUGUUGAUGGACUUCUUGGGGGAUACCAAUGUGGCUUCCGCCAUGGAUGUGGUAAUAUUUGUGCGCGAGAUCAUCGAGACCAACCCAAAGUUGCGCAUUUCUAUAAUCACCAGGCUUUUAGAUACAUUUUACCAGAUCCGUGCUGCUAGGGUGUGCUCGUGUGCGCUGUGGAUAAUUGGUGAGUAUUGCUUGUCACUCUCAGAGGUUGAGAGUGGGAUUGCUACCAUCAAGCAGUGUCUUGGUGAUCUCCCGUUUUACACAGUUUCAGAGGAAGGAGAGGGUGGCCAGGACGCAUCAAGAACCACUCAGCAGGUAAACUCAACGACUGUUUCAUCUAGGAGGCCUGCAAUUCUUGCUGAUGGGACUUAUGCCACGCAAAGUGCUGCUCUUGAAACUGCCAUGUCACCACCUACCCUUGUUCAGGGUCCACUUUCUUCUGUUGGCAACUUGAGAUCACUGAUCCUUUCAGGUGAUUUCUUCCUUGGUGCUGUAGUUGCAUGUACACUCACAAAACUUGUGUUGAGGUUGGAAGAGGUUCAGACUUCAAAAGUCGAAGUUAACAAAGCAACUUCACAGGCAUUGUUGAUCAUGGUCUCGAUGCUCCAGCUGGGUCAAUCUUCAGUUCUCCCACAUCCAAUUGAUAAUGAUUCUCAUGACAGGAUUGUCCUUUGCAUUAGAUUGCUGUGCAAUACAGGUGAUGAGAUAAGGAAGAUAUGGCUGCAAUCUUGCAGACAGAGCUUUGUGAAGAUGCUUGCAGAUAAGCAGCGUCGUGAGACCGAGGAGAUUAAAGCAAAGGCUCAAAUAUCCAAUGCACAACCUGAUGAUCUUAUUGAUUUUUACCAUUUGAAGAGCAGGAAGGGCAUGAGUCAACUUGAACUGGAAGAUGAGGUGCAAGAUGAUCUCAAACGUGCUACUGGAGAGUUUACAAAGGAUGCAGAUGAUGCUAAUAAGCUCAAUCGCAUUCUCCAGCUCACUGGAUUCAGUGAUCCUGUUUAUGCUGAAGCGUAUGUAACAGUGCAUCACUAUGAUAUUGUCCUUGAUGUUACCGUCAUCAACCGAACCAAGGAGACUCUCCAGAAUUUGUGUUUGGAGUUAGCAACCAUGGGUGAUCUUAAACUUGUUGAGCGUCCACAAAACUAUACCCUGGCUCCAGAAUCAAGCAAACAGAUUAAGGCAAAUAUUAAGGUUUCUUCAACUGAAACAGGAGUUAUAUUUGGUAACAUAGUCUACGAGACAUCAUCAAAUGUUCUAGAGAGAACUGUUAUUGUUCUAAAUGAUAUCCAUAUUGAUAUCAUGGACUACAUCUCUCCUGCAUCUUGUGCUGAUGUGGCCUUCAGAACUAUGUGGGCUGAAUUUGAAUGGGAAAACAAGGUUGCUGUAAAUACAGUAAUACAAGAUGAGAGGGAUUUCCUGAACCACAUUAUCAAGUCAACAAAUAUGAAGUGCCUGACACCACCAUCUGCAUUGGAAGGGGAUUGUGGUUUCCUGGCAGCAAACCUCUAUGCUAAGAGUGUUUUUGGGGAAGAUGCUUUAGUGAAUGUGAGCAUCGAGAAGCAAUCAGACGGUAAAUUGAGUGGAUAUAUCAGAAUAAGAAGUAAAACUCAGGGAAUUGCACUAAGUCUUGGGGAUAAGAUAACUUUGAAACAGAAGGGAGCAGCUUGAUUUGUAGCAGAUGCCGUUUUUUCUUCUCUUCCGCUUGUAUGUCUAAAAUGUCAACAUAUGUAGCUUUUGGUGGCAGCUGACUCCAAGCUUGGUUUUACCUGGUUCAAAUUCUUGUGGCUUUUGGUAGCAGCCGACGCGUUAGUAUUAAAUUUUUACCCUUUUGGAGUUCGAAAUUUUUGUCUGUAAUUCUUUCCUUGGAUGUUAUUACUUGAGAGAAAUCUUUAUUACCCAUCUUUCAUUUUUCAACACAUGGGGGUGGACAUCAUAUAUUUGAUAUGAGAAUCGAUCAAAUAACUAUUUGUACUGGCUGGUUUUACAUAUCUGCGUUGCCUUUGGAUAUUGAUAUUGUAGUUAUACUAUAUUAAUGAUUAAUGAUUAGUGAUUUCGUCCC